AUGGUGGACAGGGGCCCCCUGCUGACGUCGGCGAUCAUCUUCUACCUGUCCAUCGGCGCCGCGAUUUUCGAAGUCCUCGAGGAGCCUUAUUGGAGGGCGGCGUCCAACGAGUACAAGUCCAAGAAGACGCAGCUGCUCAAAGAGUUUCCCUGCCUGGGCCAGGAAGGGCUGGAUAAGAUCUUAAAGAUUGUGUCAGAAGCUGAUGGGCAAGGGAUUUCAAUUGAUGGCAAUGACACCUUCAACUACUGGAACUGGCCAAAUGCGGUUAUCUUUGCUGCUACUGUGAUUACAACCAUUGGAUAUGGAAAUGUUGCUCCUAAGACUCCAUCUGGGCGGCUUUUCUGUAUAUUCUACGGACUCUUUGGUGUUCCUCUCUGCUUAACAUGGAUCAGUGCUCUGGGGAAGUUUUUUGGUGGACGUGCCAAGAGGCUGGGCCAAUUCCUGACAAAAAGAGGAGUAAGCUUGAGAAAAGCACAAAUUACAUGCACAGCCAUUUUCAUAAUCUGGGGAGUCCUAGUCCACCUAGUCAUUCCACCCUUUGUCUUUAUGGUGACUGAAGGCUGGACUUACAUCGAAGGGCUAUACUUCUCAUUCAUCACCAUUACUACCAUAGGAUUUGGAGACUUUGUUGCUGGUGUGAAUCCAAGUAUCAAUUACCACUCACUGUACAGAUACUUUGUGGAGCUCUGGAUUUACCUGGGCCUUGCUUGGCUUUCUCUCUUUGUUAAUUGGAAAGUCAGUAUGUUUGUCGAGGUUCACAAAGCGAUCAAGAAACGAAGGAAAAAAAGGAAGGAGUCUUUUGAAAAUCACCCUCCUGCCAAAAAAGCUCUUCAGAUGUCUAACACAAAAGACGUGAACAUUUUCAGCUUCCUUUCCAAGAAGGAAGAGACCUACAAUGAUCUCAUCAAGCAGAUUGGGAAGAAGGCUCUGAAAACGAACAAUGACAGAAACCUAAGAGCAGAGCAAGUUCUACCCGCCUUGCAGCAUGGUAGCUCAGAUAUGAAGGUGAUGUACACAAAGAACAAGUUAUUUGACUAUGAUGAAGUUUCUCUGAGUCUCCAAAACUGUCAUGUCAUGAGGCAUUUGACUGACAGGCGUGUCGGGGACAGCCCAGUCGAGGGAUCUGUAUUUGUAAAUCAACUAGACCGGAUCAGUGAGGAAGAAGGAGAAGCAUGGGACUCCAGGGAUUAUCGACCAUUGAUCUUUGAAAAUGCCAAUAUAACAUUUGUAAAUGAGGAUGAGGACGAAGGGGAGGAUCUUUCAGAUGAUGAAGAAACAUCAAAGUCUUCUAUGGAUGACAAUCUUGCAGAGGAACCUGAGAGUCCUACACAACUGGUGAAAUUUCCAUCCUCUGAUGAGUCUACCUUUACCAAUAAUGAACUAGAGGUAUCUGUACCUUAUGAGCAGCUAAUGAAUGAGUACAACACAGUGAAUAAUUCAAAAGCUGCAACGUGAAGAAAUACUUGUCUAGUCACUGGUUUUCUGAAGAUCAUUUAAUGCAGAUUAUGAGCAGAUAAGCAUGGGAGG